UUGACAGCGUCCUCUUUCGUCCCUGUCCCUUGUCCCUGUUCCCUGUAAAUUUCAUGUACCUUGUUCAUUAGUGUCCGGGUUUUCAAGGAGAAAUGUUGUGCGGGAAGUAGUAAAUUUAAAGUGAUAUUUUAUCUUAUCCAUAAUUGGGUGAAAAUUAAUAAUUCGUGUAUAUUUGUGCAUUGACUUAACACAAGUGUUACAAUGGAUCCAUUAGCUCAUCUUGAAUUCCAUGCUAGCUACACUAUGAAAGAAGAUUGUCCUGAAGAUGAUUCUUCAGCUCUAGAACGCGAUAAAAAGACUUUGCAUUGGAUGAGUGGCGUUAAGGAUUGUUUUUCUACAUUUUUAUCUCUAUUCCGAAAACCUGGAGUCAAGGAACCGCAAGAGGAAGAUUGGGAAGUUCCCUUCGAUUCUCUCUCAGACCUGGUGUAUCUUGGAUCUGGGGCACAAGGAGUUGUAUUUGGUGGAACCCUUAAAGGAGAAAUGGUUGCCGUAAAAAAGUUACGGGAUAAAAGUGAAGCUAAUAUCAAACACUUGAGAAAACUCAACCAUGAUAAUAUAGUGAGAUUCCGAGGAGUAUGUACAGUGUCUCCAUUUUACUGCAUCAUUAUGGAGUACUGCCAAUAUGGACCCCUCUUUGAUUUUCUUCACAGCGGCGCUACUUUCACACCUAAACAAAUCAUACGCUGGGCAAGAGAUAUUGCACUGGGCAUGAGCUAUCUCCAUGCACAUAAAAUAAUACAUAGAGAUCUCAAGAGUCCUAAUAUUUUGAUUGCUGAUAACCUUGUAGUGAAAGUAAGUGACUUCGGUACUAGUCGCGAAUGGAAUGAUGUUAGUGCGAUCAUGAGUUUUACCGGUACGGUGGCGUGGAUGGCUCCAGAAGUGAUACGGCAUGAGCCAUGCUCUGAAAGAGUAGAUAUAUGGUCCUAUGGUGUGGUUCUUUGGGAACUCCUAACUCAGGAGGUCCCUUACAAAACACUUGAGACACAUGCGAUUAUGUGGGGAGUGGGCACGGAUACGAUUGCUCUCCCCAUACCAACAACUUGUCCUAGUAGCUUACAGCUGUUACUAAACCAGUGCUGGAAUCGGACGCCUCGUAACAGACCUCCGUUCAAGAUUAUAGCAGCCCAUUUGGAUAUGGCAGGGGAAGAACUUUGCUCCAUGGAUAUAGAGACAUUUAAUAGAACUCAAGCUAUUUGGCGUCAACAAGUAUAUAGCAGCAUGGAAAGGCUGUAUGCAAAGAACGAGAUGACGGCUCCAGACGUGAUCGCAGAGCGCCGUGAACAUUUGAGGCAUGCCCGUGAUGCUCGUUACGUAUACGAGCAACAGCUCUCCCGCGCCAACGAGCUUUACAUGGAAGUCUGCGCUGUCCGCCUGCAAUUGGAACAACGCGAAAGAGUGAUCGCCGAACGCGAGAAUGCCUUGAGUGGAUGCCGCUGCGGAGUGCGCAAGACCUUCAGAUAUUUCACCCGCCAAACUUCUACAUCUUCGGACGGCCUGAAGACUCUGCAGGCUCUGACCGAGAGCCGUUUCCGUAAAAAGAACCCUAUAAAUUACACUAACAAUGCGGCCCAAAUCCUUGUCAACUUAAUUGAGAACAAGUGCAUUGAUACUACGACACUCCAACUCAAAAUUCCCGUAGUCGAGCAAGAACAGCGCGCGUCCAACGAUGAGAGCGUGCAGAACAACAAUGUGACCGAUGACAAUACCUUGAAAGAGAUCGUUGUCGAGGAUAAUGGCAACAUCUUAGUAAAGAACUUGGAGCAGGACUCCAAUGACAUUCCCAAGAAUGAUAACUAUGUUGCUGAUCUCGCUAAUGUUUAAAUGUAAUCUAUGGAAACCGAAUCUAUGAUUAUUCAUAUAAUCUCA